AAAGAAGAAGGAUCAAAAUUCCAUAGUUAAUUCAUUUCUAUUUCUCUCUCUAGAAAUUGGCGCUCCGCAUCAGCUUCAGAAGAGAGCAUCGAAGCUUCCUUUAGCUGUCUUUCUCUCUCUCUUGAGCCAGGAAAACUGGUCAAUCCAAUUCCGUCGCUCCGAUCACUUCAGCUACGGAUCUUUUUCGCUCCGUUGAGUGCAAAUUCUGAACUUUAGAAGUUCUCAACGCAAUUGUUGAAAAGUUGAACUAUUCAAAUCUGAUUGCGCCAAUCCAGAUUGCACCUUUGACAUAAAAAUUUUCAGUCUGUCCCUUUUGUUAAGCCUCAAGUAAAGCAUCUUCAAAAGAAAUGGAGCGAAUUGAUAACCUAUUUUACUCCUAUGCAAAUAUUUCUUCUGGUUUGAUUGACCCAGAAGGAAUUGAAAACUUGUGUUUGGAUAUGGAGGUGGAUCAUACCGAUGUGAGGAUCUUGAUGCUAGCAUGGAAAAUGAAAGCUGAAAAGCAGGGGUACUUUACCCUGGAGGAGUGGCGAAGAGGUCUUAAAGCGCUGAGGGCUGAUACUGUAAAUAAAUUGAAGAAGGCCCUUCCAGAGUUAGAGAAAGAGGUCAAGAGGCCAUUGAACUUUAUGGAUUUCUAUUUAUAUUCAUUCCGGUAUUGCUUAACAGAGGAGAAACAAAAGAGCAUAGACAUAGAAAGCAUCUGUCAGUUACUGGAUCUUGUUUUAGGACCUCAUUUCCGUGCUCAAGUUGAUUAUUUCAUCGAGUACCUAAAGAUUCAGAAUGAUUACAAGGUCAUAAACAUGGAUCAGUGGAUGGGCUUUUACCAUUUUUGCACCGAGAUAAGCUUCUCAGACCUCAGUAAUUAUGAUCCAGAACUGGCUUGGCCCUUGAUACUGGAUAAUUUUGUAGAAUGGAUGCAAGAGAAAAGGACUUGAAACCUAUUGUCCUUAGGUUGCCUUAACCUACUGUAAACCAUAUUGAAGUAGGUACUAAAGAAAUAUUUUAUGUUUUUGGUCAAUUUGGAAAUUGUAUUAUUUUUAGGGAUUCACCUGCAAUUUGUUGUUAGAUAAAAAAUGUGAUUGAUUUGCCUGCAGGACUACACAUUAAAAUCCAUCAGCAUGUUUAAUUUUCCCAUGUUCGUUUAUUUUUUUCUCCUUUACGAACUUUUAA